AUGAAACCACUUAAUAAUAAUAACAAAGAAAAAUCUUCUAUAAGUUUUAGUAAAUUAUCUUUGACAAAAUCAGGGAAAAAAGUAUUGAAACAACUUUCUCCAAUACUUGUUCCAACUAUUACUCCUUCAACCGAAACUUUACCACCUUUAGAACAGCACGACUUUAAUAAUUAUGAGAAUAGUGAGAAUAUCAAUGAAAGUAUUAGUAAUCCUUUGAUAGUAAUAGAUAGAUCAUCAAGAACUCCCUCACCUUUAUCUAAUAAAGAAGACGAUGGUGAGGACGACAAUGAUACCUAUUAUGACAGCGUUUCGCCUUCCUCAAUUCAAAUAGAAUUUAAUAAUAACAAUAAUAAGAAAUCUAUCAAUGCUAGCAAUACCAGUUUAAAUUCUUUAUCACCAGCAUCACCAUCAUUAUCACCAUUAAAUUAUAAUGCUAGCUCACUACCUGGUUCAAAUUAUAAAAGAAAACAUAGUUUACCACCAUUAAUGGAACUUUUUACCAAUCAAAAUAAUAACUCAUCGUUAUAUCCUUCACCACUAUCAUCAUCACAACCAACACCAUAUAUGACAUUAGCAGAAUUUAAAGCAAAUGAUGAGUUUCCACGCCAGCAAAGAACAACUUUAAUUGCUUUACAAAGACAAGAAAUCAGAUUGAAGAAAGAGGGUGUUAUAAAAGAAAUGAAUAAAGCGACGUUGCGUGGAAGAAAAAAAGAACGAAAACUUUCCAAAACCAGGGAAUCACUAAGUAAUAGUAAGCCAUCUAUCUCAAAUACUAGACGCUCUUCUUCUGGUGUUGUUUCACUAAAGUUUUUGGGAAUUAAAAAAGGAAAAAAAAGAACCACUUCAGUUUUAUUGAAGAAUCUAGUACUUGCAAUUCGUGAUCUUAAAACUUCUGAUGCAUUGACGAUUCUUUCAUAUUUAUCAAGUAGUGCAUUAAAAAAGAAAUCAGCAGUUGAAGCAAAUAAAGCUUUUUUGUUGGCAAUGUCAAAUCGUUUAGAGGAUUUAGCGUUGGCAAUGUAUGAGCGUGGAAUUCCAGGAGAUAUCAAUGCACCGAUAUUUGUUAAAACUACAAAAAAUCCUUUGUCGGAUAGAGGGCCACGUACAAAUAGUUAUUAUGGUGGUCAUAAUAGUGUUGAUUUAAGGGCAAUGUUAAAGAGGGCAAAUAUGAAUCAAACAUGGUUUGGUAUUUCUCCAUUAAUAAUUGCAACUGCGCAAGCAUCAAAAACACAGUCAGUUGAUCGUCGUUGCUCAUCCGAUACACAAUCAUUAACAAACGCCGCAUUACUUGUUAAGCUAUUACUUGACAAUGGUGCAGAUCCAUCUUUAGGUAUACCAUUGGAACAAUUUAAUAAUGUCAAGAGAUUAAAGGCUAAAAAAUAUAUGAAACGCUUAGAAUUAUUUAAUUCUAUUCAGUCAUCACUUAAAAAUAAUGGCGCUAAUAGCGGUGGUGGUGACCCUCAAAGACUUGCAUCUGUUCCACCCCAAUUUGGUAGUGAAAAGUCAAAGGAAUAUUUGGAAGAAUUUACAAAAGGAAGAUGGGUGUAUCCAAUAGACAUUGCUGCUGUUUCCGGUAAUAUGGAAGUUGUAAAACUAUUGUUAUCAAGUACAUUUUGUUUAUCUGUUCAUAGAGAUGUGAUGCUAACAUUGGAACUUGUUCGUGCUGGUGCAGAUGUUAAUCAACGUGAUUCAAGAGGUAAUAUGGCAUUCCAUCUUGCAGCUCGCUCAGGGCAUCACGAUAUGGUGGUUGUUUUAUUACAACUUGGUGCUGAUGUCAAUGCUAGAGGUGAAAAUGAUUGGACGCCACUUCAUGAAGCAAUUAGUCAAAAACAUUUAAAUAUUUGUUCUAUGCUUGUUACAGCUGGUGCCAAUGUAAAUUUGACAAAUGGCAAAGGACAAACUAUCAAAGAAUUGGGAAUUGAGACUGGCUUAACGGAAAAGCAGAUUGAAGAGUGUUUGGGUUGGUUUCGAUUAUCAUUUUAA